AUGAAACUUAUAGUUUGCAAUGAACUUCAAAGUAUAGAUACAACAAAAGUUUUGAACUCAGAUGCUUUGAAGAGUCUUAUAACAGACAAAGUUGGAGUUGUUGAAAGAAAGUAUAAAGACCAAAGAGUUUGUGAAAAUGUUGCAAAUUUCAUUAUGGUUUCAAACAAUGUUGUUCCGAUGAAGUUAGAAAGUUCUGACAGAAGAUAUGUAGUUGUCAGAACGUCAGAUUCUCAUAUGCAAGAUACAGAAUAUUUUGACGACUUAGCAGAAACUUUGACACCUAACUUUUACAACCACUUGUUCUCAUAUUUUAUGACAUUAGAUAUUUCUAAGUUCAAUCCAAGACAAAUUCCACAUACCGAAGAAAGACAAACAUUGUUAGAAGCAAACAAGAGUGUAUAUGAACUGUUUAUAGAUGAGACUAACUUUGAGUGUUUAGAUGAAAGGUCAUUGUACGAUGAAUAUAAACAAUAUUGUCAAGAGUAUGGUUAUAUGGCAGCGUCUAAACGAACAUUCUUGGCAAAUGUCAAAAAUCUUUUAGACAUACAGAACGGCGUAUAUACAAAGAAAAAUUUUUCUGAGUAA